AUGGCGACACGGGGAGAGACAAUAAGUGUUGAACUGUUGCAUAUGGAUAUGCAAUUUGGUUGUUCUUCUAAUGACAAUGAGGGCGAAAUUACAUGCCAGUUCGACAAUGCCUUGUACAAGAACAACACCCAGAAACUUAAGAAUGAUGUACCCACGCCUCUGGAUACCUCAUCUGUGUCGUGGAAGGUUGAACCAACGUUUCAAAGGCACUGGAGACUAAAUAUUCGACACGACAUUAUGGAAAUUUCCAGCGAAGUUCCACAACAGAAGCGCACCAUUCGUAAUUCAUAA